GUGCGUGCUCGCUCUCUUCUCGCUCCUCUUCAAGCCUCCUGUGCCGCCGUUUCGUGGCGUUAGGGCUGGGGGUCGAUUUCCCCCGUUUGCAACGAGAAAACGGCCCAGCCAGGAGGAGGACCGUCCUCCUCUUCUUCCUGCAAAGUGAAGCUCAUUUGAUCCUAUCCCGGAGGUAGGUUGGGAAGAGCCAUGGCUACGCAGAGCCCGUCGGAAAGGCUGCACAGCGAAGCCUCCUGCUCCAUCUGCCUGGCUUAUUUCCGAGACCCCGUCUCCAUCCACUGCGGCCACAACUUCUGCCGGGCGUGCAUCACCCGCUGCUGGGAAGGGCUGGAGGUACAUUUCUCCUGCCCACAGUGCAGGCAGACGGCUUUGCAGAAGAGCUUCCGUCCCAGCAGGGAGCUGGCAAAUAUUGCCGAAAUCGCCAGGCAGCUGAGCCUGCGGGCAGGAGGAGGAGGAGCAGCGGGACGGGAGAAUUUGUGCAGGCAGCACCAGGAGGCUCUGAAGCUCUUCUGCAAGGAGGACCAGCAGCCCAUCUGCGUGGUGUGUGACAGGUCCGAGGCUCACCGCUUCCACGCCGUGGUCCCCAUUGAAAAAGCUGCCCAGGAAUAUAAGGAAGAAAUCCAAGCCCGCCUACAGGCUUUAAAGGAGGAGAGAGAAAAAUACCUGGAAAGCAGAAAAACUGGAGUAAGGAAGAGCUCGUACCUGGAGAAAACCAAAAAUGAAGGGAAGAAGAUAGUGUGUGAAUUCGAGCAAUUGCACCAAUUUUUGAAGGACCAAGAGCGCCUCCUCCUGACCCAGCUGGCAGACCUGGACCGGGCCAUCACCAGGGUCCAGGAGGAAGCAGUGGUAAAGGUCUUGGAAGAAGUGUUCCACCUCGACACCCUGAUCUGGGAGAUGGAGGGGAAAUUCCAGCAGCCGCCAAGCCAAUUCCUGCAGGACAUCAAAAGACUCUUGAAUAGUUGUGAGAUGAAGUUCAACCCUCCAGUGGAGAUUUCCUCCGAACUGGAAAGAAGACUUGAGGACUUUGUUCAGAGAAAUGUCCUCGUGAGAGGCAUGCUGAGGAAAUGCCAAGACAGCCUGAUGUUUAAAUUGCAAGAGCCAACCAACGUGACUCUGGACCCGGCCACGGCUCACCCCAACCUUCACCUCUCCGAGGACCGAAAGCAAGCCAGGGGCCAGCUGACCCAGCAGGACCUCCCGGACAACCCGGAGAGAUUUGACUUUGAACCCUGUGUGCUGGGCUGCGAGGGCUUCACCUCAGGGAGGCAUUUCUGGGAGGUGGAGGUGGGACAGGGGGGCGUCUGGGCCCUGGGGGUGGCCCGAGCAUCGGUCAAGAGGAAGGGACCGAUGAGCCUCACCCCCAAGGAGGGGGUCUGGGCGCUGGAGGCUUAUCACUCACUCACAUCCCCCCGUGCCAACCUGCGCCUGAACCCUCUUCCCAGGAGGAUACGGGUCUCCUUGGACUAUGAAGGGGGGCGGGUGGCAUUUUUCAGCACAGAAGAUGAUGCUUCCAUCUUGGUUUAUACCAGAGCCUUGUUCAACGGGGAGAGGGUCUUCCCCUGGUUCAAGAUGGGGAUGGGGGCUCGUUUGCAAGAAAUCACCCAAACCCCACCCUCAGAGGACCAGUCAGUGACGGGGCAGCUGAUGUCCCCUCUGGACUGGGUAGGAUUCAGAUCUCCCCUCCGAAUCUGUCCUUGAGCUGUCUGUCAAUCAGACCUUAACGAAAGGGACAUCUCCUGUGUGAUGCCAGCUGUUUGCUGUGGUUGCUCAGAGCAUCUCGCCAAGCUAACUUGCUGCUCCUCUCCCAUUUCCAUCUCCAUUGGGAGCUUUGGGAUGGCACCUGUACAGCAAGGAUGGGGAGAUGGGACACCAGCAGACAGCGGUGAGGAGAAAGGAUCAGCCGGUAUGAGGUGAUGGAGUCAGCACAUCAGAAGGGAGGGAACAUCAUAGGGGUUGAUCAAGGAUGGAGAGCACUCAGGACUUUCAAAUGUGUGGUCUUUUUUAAUUUAUUUUGCCUUUAACGGACUGAAUCCUCCUGUUUUUAUCUCUUUCCAAAGUGUUUUCUUUCUGACAUCAAUUGCAAGGCAGACGCAGUGUCUGUUUUGCCAAGGGAGGUGGCCUUUCACUACAAACUGGCUUGGUUUGGGGAGCUGGUCUCUGUCUCUGUCUACAUUUCUGAUAUUUAUUUUAAAUAAAAGAAUAUUUUGUUUUGCACUUUCC